CCACCCAAAGCCCUAUAAAUAAUCCAAGGACCGUAUUUUUCUCCAGAUUUCUCUUCAGACCUCAAAGGAAAAAUAUCAGGCAAAGGAAGGGAGAGAGGGAGAAGGGAAAGUGAGGAGGGGAGAGAGAAAGAGAGGAAAGAUGGCUAGUGAAUUCAAAAAGAAAAUGUUCUGGAGGGCAGUGGUGGCCGAGUUCCUUGCCAUGAGCCUUUUUAUUUUUAUCAGCAUUGGCUCGGCUCUGGGUUUUAGCUUCCCGGUGGUGGGCAACAAAACUUCAACAAGGUCUCAGGACAAUGUGAAGGUCUCACUGGCUUUUGGGUUAUCCAUCGCUACCAUGGCACAAAGCGUGGGCCACAUCAGCGGUGCCCACCUGAACCCAGCUGUGACCCUGGGCCUCCUGCUGAGCUGCCAGAUCAGCAUCUUCAAGGCGCUCAUGUACAUCAUUGCCCAGUGCCUGGGGGCAGUGGUGGCCACAGCUAUUCUGUCAGGAGUCACCUCCUCUCUCCCAAACAACCUCCUGGGGCUCAACUCGCUUUCAGAGGGAAUCAAUGCGGGCCAAGGACUAGGUAUCGAAAUCAUUGCUACCUUCCAGCUGGUGUUGUGUGUCCUUGCCACCACAGACCGGAGAAGGAAUGAUGUCUCAGGAUCAGCACCUUUGGCCAUUGGUCUCUCCGUUGCCUUGGGACAUCUUCUUGCUAUUGAUUACACCGGUUGUGGAAUUAACCCAGCCAGAUCUUUUGGCUCAGCGCUGAUUGCCAACAACUUUGAAAAUCACUGGAUCUUCUGGGUUGGCCCAAUCAUUGGAGGAGCAAGUGCUGCCCUGAUUUAUGACUUCAUCCUGGCUCCCAGAAGCAGCGACCUGACUGACCGCAUGAAGGUGUGGACCAGCGGCCAAGUAGAAGAGUAUGAUCUGGAAGGAGAUGAUAUGAACUCCCGGGUUGAAAUGAAGCCAAAAUAAAGAAGGACAAGGAAAAAAAAAAGUACAGUGGUUUCCGAAGAUUUUAUCAGUGUUAUAGACUCUUUGUAAACCAGCAAGCAGUACUUUGUUUUUUAAUUCAAUAUGGGUUUCCAUUUUUUUACCACCAAUCUUAAUAGCAUUUUUAUAUCUGGGGUUUUCAAUUACAAAGUCUUCAGGCCAAGAAGUCAUUAGACACUUUUACGUGAGCUAAAUAAAUUGGGCUGAAAUUUAACCCCUCCCUCACCACCACCAAAUUUUCUGGUGUAUUCAGUGUGGGUGGUUCUCCCAGCACAUCUCUCAGUAAUGAUAAGUAAUUCAAAUGACCAGUCUGUUUGCUGAAAGAAUAGAUACCAAGGACAGAGAACCAUCUGUACCAAUAACAGGGGACUUCUUAUAUGGGAAAAAGUAUUUAUACAAAUAUGCAAGGCUGGUAUCUAAUGCCAGCAAUGCAUCUGAAAAACUAUCUCAAAUCAUUGCCCAAAAGCACCUUUUGGAAGGAAAGGCCACUGAAAAUUACUUGUUAUGUAGAAUUAACCACCAUUUUCUAAAUGAUUGAUAAUCUCUGAGAAAGAGGACCAGAAAAGUUAAGCAGGACAAGAAUCUCCAGAGUCCCAGGAUCCAUUUAGAUUUUCGAAGUGUUUCAUUCUCCCUGAACGUGCAUCCAGCUCACUGGGAGGGAAGAGAAUAUAUGACAAAAAAUGUACAGAUAUAUUAAUUCCUGGGAAGUAAUAACUAGAAGUCAAAUUAGACAGUAGUAAUAACAAUGGCAACAAGAACAACAUGGUGCCAAUAUGUAAACAGGAUUGUAUUGUGCCUGUGACUACUCUGCUUUUGUUCAUCUUAGGUAAUUUAACUGUAUGUUAUAAAACAAACCAGGAAAAAAAAAAAAAGCCCCUUUCUUCUUGACGCUAUUCUAAUAGCCAGUGCUGUGACAUUCAGGGACAAUGAAUAGAUAUACACACAGUAUAUUUUCUAAUGAGGGACAAAUACAUACCUGUGUGUAAGUCCAUUUUGGGGGUCGUUGCUUUGUUUUUUUAUAUAUAUAUAUAUAUAUAAAUGUUUAUAUAUAUGUUUUAUACAGAAAGCCUAGUAUACUGUUUUGUAAGAAAAUAAGAGCAUAAGACAAGUGGAAAGAAUUGCAGCAGUGCUUAGCAAAAUAAAUGACACUGGAAACGUAAAGAAAAUUAACACUCUAAACGAUGUGGAACACUAUUUUCUGUUUUCGUUUUUGUGUGUGUGCUACUUAUGUUUUCCUGAGUAACCCAAAGCAUUAGCUGGUCUUACCUACUAACUAUAGGAUAUAGUUAAAGCAGAUACAUGCUGAUAUACUUGUUCUGCACUAAACAGUUUUACCUAAGAAAUGAGGCCCAGAGGAACCUACAUAAAAAGCUGCACACUUUACCAUUCAGACAAACACCCCAGAGGUAGUAUGAUGGAUGUCUCCUGUUAGAGAGGCAGUGUGGACAUGGGAACUGAGAGAGGGUUGACAUGGAAAUCCAUACAGCUUGGAUCAUUUCAUCAAGCUGAGCAGAUGUACAAUGAAAAAAAAAAAAAAAAAAGAAAAUUGCCAGCAAAUUAAAACAAUACAUUUUAUCUUUCUUGUCUACAGUUGGUGUGUUAUCUCGUGUAUUGUCUAUGUACAUACAGCAUGAUUGGAUUUUGGGGUGGUUUAAAAAUAAACAAAAUCAAUUGUGCUAACACA